CAUCUUUCUUUUACUCUAUUUUGUCUCCCUAGAAAAUUUUCUCUCACACCCACUAAAAUUUUUCAGAUUUCCUUCAAGCAUUUUCUGUAAUGGCACCGAAAGCAGAGAAAAAACCAGCAGAGAAGAAACCCGCAGAAGAGAAGAAAGCAGAAAAAGCACCAGCAGAGAAGAAACCCAGAGCCGAGAAGAAGUUACCAAGCAAAGAUGCUUCAACAGCAGAUAAGAAGAAGAAGAAAUCAAAGAAAUCAGUUGAGACUUACAAGAUCUACAUCUUCAAAGUUCUGAAACAAGUUCAUCCUGAUAUUGGUAUUUCAAGCAAAGCUAUGGGUAUCAUGAACAGUUUCAUAAAUGAUAUCUUUGAGAAACUUGCUGCUGAAUCAUCCAGAUUAGCAAGGUACAACAAGAAGCCAACUAUUACUUCUCGAGAGAUCCAAACUGCUGUUCGUCUUGUUCUUCCUGGUGAAUUGGCUAAACAUGCUGUUUCUGAGGGUACCAAAGCUGUUACCAAAUUUACUAGUUCUUAAUUGCUGUUUAUGCUCUUUAGGUUUUAGGAAUUGGGGGUUCUUUUGUUUUGAUGGUUUCAGUUUGGGGGUUGAAUUAGGGUUUCAUAUAAUGUAAGUAAUAAUUCAGAUUUUAUGAAAUUUGUUCAAUUUCUAAUCAAAAUAUCUUGUCAGUGAAAUCAAUUGUCUAAUUUCUGCAAAUGAAUCAAAUGAAACCCAUUUGUGAAA